AUGCGCAGUCCGCCUCCCGCGCGACCCGUCAUUCGGUGUCCAGCGCUUCGUGGGGCGGAGGCGGAAAAGCGCGGGAAGCGCAAGAGAGGCGCCUAGCCGGCUUGUGAGAAGAUGUACCACCUGUUUUCCAAAGUCGUCUCUUUUUUCUGGCGAAGGGCUGACGAGGAGAUGGAAGGAGGCAGGCGCCGGGCAGCCGGAGGUAGAAGAAGCUGACUGACUCCCCCCCCCCCCCAUUUCCUCCCUUCCGAGCUCAGCUUUGUUCCCUUCCUUGGGUUCCUUCCUUCAGGGUCUACUCGGAAGUAAGCCUGGUUUAGUUCCGUGGUUCUUACUCCCAGGACAGCGAGCAUAGGACUGGAGCCUUAAACACACACAAAAAGCCUUUGACGUCCCUGCUCAGGCCCUCCCUAUUCCUUUCUUUAAUUUUUUUUUAUUAAUUUUCCAUUUAAACAUAUAUAAUCCCAUCAUUAUUAUCCACUUUACCUCUGUGGCUCUUUAGAGCCUAUCGCCUUCCUUCCCUCCCACCUCUUGGCUUUCAAAAUUAACCUUUAUAUCACAGCAUUUUAUAUAUUUUCCAGUUCUAAUAAAACUCAUCACAAAAUACCUCAAAGUUUAAAUAAAUGUAAAAAGGUAAAAAAAAAAUUAUUACAAGUCGUCAGAUAACCCUACUAGUGUUGUUAAUUGCUUACAAUGAUCUUUCAAAUACUCCUGAAGCGAACGCAACCCACUUCUGCGCAUGUGCGGAUUGCGAUUCUGCGCAUGCGGUGACGUAAUUUUAAGUGCCUGUGCGAGUGGCGAAACCCAGAAGUAACACGUUCCGAAAAUGCUCAACCUGGAGCUACUUCAACCCGAGGUAUGACUGUAUUGUGUAAAUUUACUCCAAUCUUUUAUUAUUUGUUAUUUAUACCCCGCCCAUCUGGCUGGGUUUCCAAAAAGUAUUUUGGAAUACUUGAUCGUGCUGGUUUGGGAUUUUUCCCGUCAGCUUCGCCAGUUUUGCAAAGUCCAUCAUUUCCAUCUGCCACUCUUCACUGAUGCCUUUCUUGGCGUUAGCUACCUCAUUAUUAUUUUUUGGCAUUAGUUACCUCAUUAUUAUUUUUUUACAAAAAGGCUUUAUAGGGUCACAGAGUCGUAGAGUUGGAAGGCACCACAAUAAUAAUAGUAAUAAUAAUAAUAAUAAAUUUUAUUUAUACCACGCCCUCCCCAGCCAAGGCCAGGCUCAGGGCAGCUAACAAGCAAUAAUAAAAACAAGUUGAAUGAAUACAACUUAAAAACAACAUUAAAAUAUUGAAACAUUAAAAUAUAAAAAUGCAGCCUCAUCACAGGAGGAGAAAGGAAAAAGAAAGGGCGAGGGAAUCAAAUUGGCUCCAAGCCAAAGGCCAGGCAGAACAACUCUGUCUUACAGGCCCUGCGGAAAGAAAUCAGAUCCUUCAGGGCCCUGGUCUCAUGAGGCAGAGCGUUCCACCAGGCCGGAGCCAGUGUGGAAAAGGCCCUGGCUCUGGUUGAAGCUAAUCUAACUUCCUUAGGGCCCAGGACCACUAGGGUGUUGCUAUUUAUGGACCUUGAGGCUCUCCGUGGGACAUACCGGGAGAGGCGGUCCCGUAGGUAUGAGGGUCCUAGGCCGUGAAGGGCUUUAAAGGUCAAAACCAGCACCUUAAAUCUGACCCUGUACUCCACCGGGAGCCAGUGCAGCUUGAAAAGCACUGGAUGAAUAUGCUCCCAAGGCAGAGACCCCGUGAGGAGCCUCGCUGCAGCAUUCUGCACCCGCUGGAGUUUCUGGGACAGCCCCGCGUAGAGGGAAUUACAGUAGUCAAGCCUGGAGGUGACGGUCGCAUGGAUCACUGUGGCCAGGUCGGGGCGGGAAAGGUAAGGAACAAUGACCAUCUAGUCCAGCCUCAUCUUUUUGCCCGACCUGAGACUUGAACCCAUGACCCUCAGAUUGAGAGUCUGUAAAUGGGUAAAAUCGUUAGUAGGCUUGGAAUGUCACUCGUCGUUUAAUGGUGAAUUUUGGACACAAUGGAGGGAUAAAAGAUUUGGAUUAUCAUAAAAGAUGCAGGAGGAAAUGAUUAACAAAGGGGAGGAGGGAAUUGCAAGAGAUUCCUUGGAAUCUUAUUUCUAUGUUGUAUGUUGAAUAUGUGACUGUAAAAUUUUAAUCUGAAAAACCAAAUAAAUCUUAGAUAAAAAAGAGAGUCUCAUGCUCUCCCAACUGAGGUAUCCCAUAAUUAUUAGCUAUUCAGUUUACGUACCGUCCUUUAUCCAGAGAUCCCAGGUUAUUAUAAUAAUGACUUGUUGCCUUGAGAUCUCUGUCCCAAGAAUAGUGGUUCUUGUAUGCAUCACUUAAAAGUCUUAAGGGGCAUUUUAAUUUAUUACUGUUAUUAUUAGAAAAGAGAAUCCAUUCAUCGUUCUGCUUGGACGCUGAGGUCCAGCGCCGAGGGCCUCCUGACGGUUCCCUCAUUGCGAGAAGCAAAGCUACAGGGAACCAGGCAGAGGGCCUUCUCGGUAGUGGCGCCCGCCCUGUGGAAUGCCCUCCCAUCAGAUGUCAAAGCGAUAAACAACUACCUGACAUUCAGAAGACAUCUUAAGGCAGCCCUGUUCAGGGAAGUUUUUAAUGUGUGAUAUUUUAGUGUAUUUUUGGGUUUCUGUGGAAGCCGCCCAGAGUGGCUGGGGAAACCCAGCCAGAUGGGCGGGGUACAAAUAAUAAAUUAUUAUUAUUAUUAUCCUGUGGACAAUGCUGUUCCCUCCAAAUUGGGGGCAGCACUUCCCAUCAGCUUCAGCUGCUGAGGGAUCUUGGGAGUUGUAGUCAGAUCUGGCCCAUCCAUGAGGCAAGGUUAGGUGACCACCUCAGGCAGCAGAUCCUGUUGUAGAUAUUAUUUCUUAAUUUUAUAUUCUUUAUUGAAAAAUAAAAAGUACAUAACUACAAGUGCACAGAGCAAGGUAUCACACACAGAGAGAGAUCCUGAUGUAGAGCUUUAUUUCCCCAUCUUCACCCUUGUUGCUAAUGGAGAUUUUCACUCGCUCUUUCUUCCUUCAUUUCAGGUGCCAAAAUGUUUUGGUGGGCCCUGGUUGUAGGCCACAGCUAUUGGCAGAAACCAAGUUGGCCACCCCUCAUAUAUUUAUUAUUUUACUUACUUGUUGAAAAUAAAUUAACAACAACAAAGCCUGUACUAGGAAAUCUGGAAUAGAUUCCUUUAAGAAUUUGCUCCUCUUGGCUACAAAAGAGCCUUUCUAAGAAAUCUACUAACAUUCUAGGCUUCUAUAUUUCUACAUUUUCUGGGAACGAUUCCUACUUGUUGCCUAAUUUGUGUCCAACUUUUGUGUGUGUUGUAUUUGUCACGUGAUGUUUACUGUUAGUAAUCAGUGAAUUUCUAAGAAGUGUAGUUCUGUGAAUAUUACUACAUACACACCCACACGAAUGCUGACAUUUCAAGUGACUACAACUAGAGUUCAUGUAAACAUUAGUUGUUCAAAAAGUGAGUAGCUGUUCAUAAACCAGCCUUGUAAAGAAGCCCAUUAAUGUUACUAGCCUUCGGGGGGGGGGGAGCCUGGUUAGCCUGCUGGAAGCUUGUAGAGGAGGGAUGAAAAGCUCUGCCCCUUCUCCACUCAUUCUCAUAUACAGUAUAGAAGUCCAUGUACUUGCUUGCAUGCGAUUCCUUAUUGCCUAUCACCGCUUAAAUACAAGGAUAUAGUAAACACAUAAUGUUUGUCAUAUAAAUUAUGUGUUUUUGAAAGGUGUGCUCUUCUUUGAAGCUAGCCUUUUCGCUUUACCAAAGGGUUUAAGAAAUAUCAUCACGCAUAUUCACUGGGAAUUCUCUUCAGUGUUCAUCAGUCUUACUUAAUUUCUAUAGUUAAUGGCACUCUUCUAAAUUGUGGGCCUUUGUAGUUGUAGCUAGACAUUACUUUGUCUAGUGAGAUUGACAGCGUUAUCUCAAUCUCACACAUAUACUCGCCAACCAUGCAUAGAAAUGACUCAACAUGAGAAUGUCUCAGUGCUCAAGUUGAUUCAGGGAGAGGAGGAGAAUUUAUAUGAAAUUGUUCCUCUUCUGCAUUUUUCCUUUUUCUAAUUACUAGGCUGCUAACAAUUAUGGCAGCUUUAUAUCCGGAUUCCAAAUGCAUUGUCUGUGAAUAUGUCCUGCUGAUUGAUAGCAUGAUUACAGAAGGUAGCCACAAGUGCCAAGGGGUGUAUCCAGCUAAGUCCUACUCAGAUAAACCUGUUGAAAUUGAUAAACGUUUAAGUUAGUAAUGACAUUGAUUGCAACAACUCUGAGUGCAACACUGAAUGUCUACAAGCCUUUACAAAUGAUACACAUUGGGUCAAAAAAAUUCCAAUUUUAUGUAUGUGGUAAUGGGGUCUGAACUGGCAGUGACUAAAAAGUAACAAGACUCUGUGGCUGUAGUAGAUAGUUUGUUGAAGAAGUUGGCCCAAUGUGCAGUAUGCUGUGAAAAAGCUGAAUUCCAUGUUGGGGUUCAUAAAACAAAUUUAGGAUUACCUCCCCAAUGUGGAAAGGUUACAACAUUUGACACUCUUUUCGUACACAAUAAUAUACAUGGUGUAGAGCAGUGGUUACCUGUUAGCUAAGUACUGCAGACCCCCUGUUUUUGAAAAGCCAAGCCAUAGACUCCCUACUUUUGAAAAUUUUGAUAUGGUAGUUUUUGUUAUGUGAAUGGCGUCACAAAUCUCGUGGGUGGGUUACGUGGACCCUCUGUGGUCAGCAGGCCACCAGUUGGGAACCCCUGCGUAGAGAAAAUGAAUACAGAGUUGUUUUUCUCCCUCUGAAUAUCAGUUGCUGAGAGUCGCAGCUGAGAGUUCUCUUGUGCUUGCAGGUUUCCCAUAGGCAUCUGAUCGUCCACUGUAAGAACAGGAUGCUGGAAUAGAUAGACCUUUGGCUUAUGAUCUUAAUGUCUGGAGGUCUGCAGGUUUGCCACCCUUAUAUAAGUUAUUCCCAAGACUAAGGAAACCCUGUCUGUAAAGUUGUACAUAGGACUUUGCUUCCUCUUUCAGUAGACUUAAACCUACAGUAGUUGUGAGUUGCUUUUAUUCUGAGGAAUUAUUGGCUAUUUUCUUGGUGGUGAAUGGGAAGGUCUUCCCCCUCCAUGUUGUGGUUUUGAUGUUUGUCAAACAAAUUUAUCUGACCUGAUCCCCAUUUGGAGAUAGCUAUUCCCCACAAAACCACAAAACCAUAAUGUACUGUAUAGUGUGGAGAAUGUUAGAAACCCCCAGAACAUAUAUAGGGAAAUUGCCAUUAAGAAUAUAGAAAUUGGAUCUCACUUGAUAUUCAUCAAGUUCAGCUCAACUAAAUUUUGCAUUGAUAAGCUCUCUUUGGUGAAGGCCGUUCCAACACUAGGGCUGCCGGGUGUGAUACCUGGAAAGUUUCCCAAUGUGGUAUUAUCGUUUAAAUAAACUCAGUAAGAUACCUUACCUCCUGUCAAGGAAUUAACCAAAUUAAGAUAAUUCAGUUUUCUCUACAUUUGGCCAAAAUGCCAAAUUAUGGUUUGGCACCGCAGGAAUAAUCCUGGAAGGAGCUUUGGGCUUGCAUGUUAACUUCCUUCCUUCCCUUGCUCAAGUGCAAAUCAUAGUUUUGUCAGUUUGGAUGUUUUGGUAAAACUAUGGUGUGACAAAACCCAGACAAUAAGUCAUUACUCUGAGGUUGUAAAAGUAAAGGACCCCUGAAGGUUAAGCCCAGUCCAUUUUUACUCUGAGCUUGUGAGGAAAGGAGAGAAAAGGCAAGUAUCGGCUUCAUUUGCUCCAAUAAGCUAGUCAUAAAAAACCACUUUGUUUCUAUGCUGCUUUAGAAUCUAAUCAGAAGAGGGGAGGGAAAACAUAUGAAUAAAUAACAUUUAUUUUGCUAACCAUCGUCAUUUAUAGAAAUCCUUACAGAUGUUCUGUUAGAGGUGGCAAGAUGCAGCAAGAAUAAUUUCCCAAUGCUGUAGCAAAUACAGCAAAUUAUUUUUUACACAACUUAAAUGUAUUUUGUCUUCUUUUUAGAUGGCAGUGAGUUAAAAACCGUAAAUGGUGUAGUGACAAGAUUCUGCCUAGACUACGGCUUGAUAGAUGAUUUGAUCUGUUUCACCAGCGAAGCUGUGAUGAGCAACAUUCCCCUGCAAGUUGGACAGCAGGUUGUAGCUCUUGUUGAAGAAGAUAAAACCUCUCAUGGAUUAAGGGCAAUCAGGGUGAGAUUCAAAUAAAUAGCUAUAGAAAUUGGUCAUGUGAUUAUGUUAACUGUCUGUAAAAUAAACUUUAAUUUUUUUAUAUAACUGAUCUCAGUUGAUCAGAGUGAGAGACUUUCCUAUAUAUGCCUAUUCGGCAAGAAAGCCGAAGUCACUUCAGACUCUUGAACGUAGAUAAGCUCUUCCUCUACCAAUUUAGGGCUUUUGUCAACACUUCCACUUGUCCCGCCACUUCUCCCUCACUGGGGAAACCUGCUGCUUACUGUUGAAUCAGAACAAAUGCCAAUCAUUUUUUCAGUAGAUUGAUGUUUGUUCCAACUAAGCAGUAAACAGCAGGUUUUCCAGAAGAAGGGGGGGGGGGACAAAGGAAAAAAACUAAUCGGGCCUCUGUGUUCUAGAUUCAGAACAAGCAGAAGUGUGGACAAGCCCUUACUGUGAAGAGUCAACAAGAUCUUUCAGUGGAAAACAUGAUUUAAACACCUUUUUCUUGCUAAUUUAAACCAAUCUGCUCUGAAAUUCAGCGUUUUAUUAAACGGUUCCACAAAUGGAUUUGAGUAUUACUGAGCUGAAGAACAAGGAGCCAACCUGAUUUAGUUCAGAUAGAUUUAUUAUUUCAUAGCGUGUAGUUUGGUCCAUAUACAUUUAUUAACUGGUAGUGAGCUGUCUCAGUUUAUACAGAAAAGAUCAUAAUUUGCCAGUGGUCUUCAGAAGGCAGCCACUGUUAUGUUCAGCUACCCAUGAAAGAGGAUGUCUCCUUUAUAAGAACAAAGUCUUUGUUCACCUGGCUCUAGAAACAGUUUGUGCGUUUGUAGUGUAGCUAGGCCCCUAACAGUCAAUUUUUAAAGAAUGAAUUUGCAUGUGAUAAAGCAUAUAAAGUACUGUACAUCGCUGGUGUUCCAGAUGGAGGAAUACCUACAGGACCCAGUAGGUGGCAGAGUUGUCCCACUGGCUGUAGUUCCAGUAGUCGGCUACAGCCUCCUCUAGAAUCAGCAAGGCUGGCACUAGACAAAAUACAACAUCAAGAGAGAAGAGAAUGUGGUAUUAAAAACUAAAUGUUAGAUGCAAGUACCUCUCCAAAAAUGUACAGUAAUCAUUUCCAGGGAUUUGUAGAAAAAAAACACUAAGCAAUGAUGCAUAUGGAAAGAUGAUGAUAAUAAUAAUAAUAGUUAUUAUUAUUAUUAUUAUUAAUAGCAGAGGAACCAGAGACCAAAUUGCAAACAUGCGCUGGAUUAUAGAGAAAGCUAGAGAGUUCCAGAAAGACAUCUACUUCUGCUUCAUUGACUAUGCAAAAGCCUUUGACUGUGUCGACUACAGCAAACUAUGGCAAGUUUUUAAAGAAAUGGGAGUGCCUGAUCACCUCAUCUGUCUCCUGAGAAAUCUCUGUGUGGGACAAGAAGCUACAGUUAGAACUGGAUAUGGAACAACUGAUUGGUUCAAAAUUGGGAAAGGAGUACGACAAGGCUGUAUAUUGUCUCCCUGCUUAUUUAACUUAUAUGCAGAAUUCAUCAUGCGAAAGGCAGGGCUGGAUGAAUCCCUAGCCGGAAUUAAGAUUGCCGGAAGAAAUAUCAACAACCUCAGAUAUGCAGAUGACACAACCUUGAUGGCAGAAAGUGAGGAGGAAUUAAAGAACCUUUUAUUGAGGGUGAAAGAGGAGAGCGCAAAAUAUGGUCUGAAGCUCAACAUCAAAAAAACGAAGAUCAUGGCCACUGGUCCUAUCACCUCCUGGCAAAUAGAAGGGGAAGAAAUGGAGGCAGUGAGAGAUUUUACUUUCUUGGGCUCCAUGAUCACUGCAGAUGGUGACAAUGGCCACGAAAUUAAAAGACACCUGCUUCUUGGGAGAAAAGCAAUGACAAACCUAGACAGCAUCUUAAAAAGUAGAGACAUCACCUUGCCGACAAAGGUCCGUAUAGUAAAAGCUAUGGUUUUCCCAGUAGUGAUGUAUGGAAGUGAAAGCUGGACCAUAAAGAAGGCUGAUCGCCGAAGAAUUGAUGCGUUUGAAUUAUGGUGCUGGAGGAGACUCUUGAGAGUCCCAUGGACUGCAAGAAGAUCAAACCUAUCCAUUCUGAAGGAAAUCAGCCCUGAGUGCUCACUGGAAGGACAGAUCCUGAAGCUGAGACUCCAAUACUUUGGCCACCUCAUGAGAAGAGAAGACUCCUGGAAAAGACCCUGAUGUUGGGAAAGAUGGAGGGCACAAGGAGAAGGGGACGACAGAGGACGAGAUGGUUGGAUAGUGUUCUUGAAGCUACCAACAUGAGUUUGACCAAACUGCGGGAGGCAGUGGAAGACAGAAGUGCCUGGCGUGCUCUGGUCCAUAGGGUCACGAAGAGUCGGACACGACUAAACAACAACAGCAACCCCGCCCAUCUGGCUGGGCUUCCCCAGCCACUCUGGGCGGCUUCCCAAAAAAUAUUAAAAUACUGUAAUACAUCAAACAUUAAAAGCUUCCCUAAACAGGGCUGCCUUCAGAUGUCUUAUAAAAGUCUGGUAGUUGUUGUUCUCUUUGACGUCUGGUGGGAGGGCGUUCCACAGGGAGGGCGCCACUACCGAGAAGGCCCUCUGUCUGGUUCCCUGUAACUUGGCUUCUCGCAGUGAGGGAACUGCCAGAAGGCCCUUGGUGCUGGACCUCAGUGUCCUGGUAGAACAAUGGGGUUGGAGAUGCUCCUUCAGAUACUGCAAAGAAGCAGCACUUCUUCCCAUCCUGAAAAUAGGAAGGGUCAUUUUCCAUUAAAUUUGCAGGAAGUUGCCAGCAGAUCACUCCAGAGAGAGACAGAUCAAUUCUGUUGAGAGCUGUAAAUCAAAGCGAACUCAAACCGAAGAAAGCUAACACGUACGAAUUUAAACUGAAGAGAAACCUAAUACAUACAUGCAGCAGUGUUUUGGUUCUGCUGCAGUUCAUACUUGUCUUGCUGUCUGCUGUGGCAAAAUUACAUAAUUUACAUACAGCAAUUAAUUACGUUGUCGUUACAUUAUUCCACCAUUUCUGUACAAAGAAAAUGCAAGGAGGUGGGGGGAUAAAAUCACUUAUAUGUCAUUUACGGACUGAAAAUAAUAACAGUGCUGAAUACCAAUCAUAUCUGCUAGAUUGAUUUCUAUUCCAGAGAUGGGACAAAUAAGGGAACAUUGGGAAUUUCCAUUCAUCUUUGUUUUUGUCAGAAUUCUCCAACAUCCCUAACUGGCAGUAGUUCCGUAACUGCCCAAGAUGGAAGGUACAGUAAUCAGCUAGAAUUGAGCAGUUAACCCAUCCAGCAGAGUACAUAUUAAGAAGCUUCCUAAUACACGCUUUGGUAGUCUUCACAGUAUCAAAUUAUCUCACCUUGUUCCGGUGGUUGAUACGUAUAUAAAGAAAAAUUUAAGACGCAUUCACAAGCAACUUCCAGUGGUCAUUGAUAAACUUUGGAAAGUCUUAGAAAGCAUAUACCGUCUGGUUCAGCACCCCACCCCCAACAGUGUGCACCCUCUCAUCUAGUUCUCUUACCAAGCUGGCUUGAUUAAAUGGCACACCUGAUUCCUUGUUGGGCCAAGGAAUGUAUGAGCCCUUACAAUCUGAGUGCAUGCUCUAAUGGUAGGUUCAGCAGAACUUAAAAUUAAUUAAACGAUACCAAAACGUUCCUUUCUGAAACUGUCUGCUCCUGCUUUCAAAGCCAAGACCUGUGAGCAGCCACCUGCAUUUCCACCCUCUCCAGUGUCUGCAGCUCAGUGUACUGGAUCCUCAUGGCUCUCUUUAAGUGCCUUUGUGUCUUUUGACAUCUCUUCAUGGCCAAAAUACUGGUAAGCUCUCUAAUAUAAGGCUGAUCCUGGUUGGUUUUGGCCCCUUGGUUUGUAUUGAGCACACUUUCAGGUUCAGUCCAUAAAGAUUUGUAUUGGUGGAAGGUUGACAGCUAUGUACAUGUUUGAAGAGGUUGUGCAGCAUUUGGAGAGGGGCCACAAUUCAACAGAAGAACCUCAGCCUUAGGUCUCAAAUCACAUUUGAAAGUCCUGCUAGGAUGCCUCCUGUAGGUAAUUUUGAUUUGUUCUACAGGUAGAAAAGGUAUCUGAUAAAUGGGAAGAUGACAGCAAAUGUCCUUAUCAAGGGGACCAGGACACCAAAACACUCAUUGGCCGUAUUACUUCUCUAACUGCAGUUGGUGGCAGCGUUAAUCAGACAACCUCCUUUUCCAUGGAUGAUGUUUGUGAAGGUAACUGUUAUGCCUACCUUGACAAUUGCUAUAAACACAAAGUUGUGAUUUUAAGUUGCAGUGGGUUUUUUCUUUGAAAAUUGCUUUAGAUGAGUUGACAAAAGGGUUUCUAAGAACAUAAACUGGUUUAGAAAACUGUAUUUUGUUUAUGUGAAUCUGUAAGCAUCUUUAUCAUCUCAGUUACAUUUCAGAGAUGUGUUUGCUCUUGAGAAUAAGAUCUUUAUUGUUGAAUAAGCCAUGUAAUCUUAGAUCUGUUCAAAACUUGAAUGAACUCUUGAAGUUUGGAGUACUUUCCCUUUUUCCAUUUUGAAACUUUGUUUGACCUCUGGUAUUUCGAAGAAUAAAACAGUGCAGCAAAUAGUCUUGUGAUGCCUUGAAAACUAAUGAAUUUAUUACAGCAUAAUCUUUUGCAGGUUAAAGUCCUCAAAAGCUUAUACCAUAAUAAAUUCAUUAGUCUUUAAGGUGCCAGAAAAUUCCUGUUUUUUGCUGCAACGUGCUAAUAUGGCUACCGUUCUGGUCACUGCUUCAGUUAAUCCAAAUUUUGAUCUAGUAGCUAGGUAUAUUUGCCUUUUAGUGCUCCAGUACUUUUAACUCUUCUUAAAGAGACUUAGCCUUGUUCAAACUGUUUCCAUUUUCUUGUAACAUUAUUGUUAAGGUUUUGACCCUUGUAAAGGAGAUUGGGUGCAAGUAGAAUAUUUCAUUAACCCAACAACCUGGACCAGUGAAGCAGUUUCUGUAAAGCCCUUGAGGUAUAAGAGAAUUGACAAGGUAUGUCUAUUGAAUGGUUUAAUUUUGGGAUUUCUUAAAAAUAUUGUAUCAAAUACUACAAUGUAAAAGGAGAAAGGAUGGGUAACUAUAUAGCAGGAACUAUCCUUGCAUGUAAAGCUACCCUGUUUAUAUAGGAAGCAUGUUCAUUGUAUUAAAAUCUCCUGAUUUGGGCCUCAACUCUGAAAACCACAUUUUGGACUUCAAGUAGUUUAACUGUUAAUGGUUUCCCUCUAUCAUCAGGAUCCCUGACAAUUUUAGUUCUGUGGAAUCUGUAAAGGAGUCAUCAACCCUUCACAAGAGUACAGUUGCGAAGUAUUAUAGAAAGCCAUGACAGUUAAACCACUGUAAAGUUUCAAGAUUGUAGUUUAGGUAUACCUUUUGACUUGAAGCUUGUCGUGUGUGUGUGUGUGUGUGUGUGUGUGUGUGCAGUGAGAGUUAGCUUGUGUCCAUCAAAUGGAUUUCCAAACUUUGUCUGAAUGUUACUUACACAGUGACAUUGGGAGUGUCCCGAGACGUGCAUAGAGGCAACCAAAGUAUUAACACCUGAAUGGAGCUGUAGUUUGGAAAUGUUACUAUUACUAUGUAAUGAUCACCGGCAAUUUUAAAAAAUCUAGUUAUUGACUAUCACUCCACAGGUGAUGUGGAGUGAUCAUUCACUUUGCAUGUAGUGCUCCAAGAGUCAAAGUUAACAAAACCAAUAUUUUGGUCAAGCAGCUCAUAGAAGACGACUUAACGAUAUUUGGCAGUUAAGAACAUUGAGGGGCAUACCGGGGGGGGGCACAAAAUCACACCUCUCCACUGUGGAGCCCAUCUGGGCACCUCAGCAGAGGAAUCUAGUUGCUGGCAUGAGCUGUUGCAGCAUCCCUGCAGGGUUCCCAUCGCCAGUCAGCUGACAGUACUAUUAGAAGUGUGAGAAGAGUGCUCAGAGGGAAGAAAGAUGGAGAGAGCAGGUGAGAGUUGCAGGAGGAGGGAAGAGGAAGGAGACAGAAGAGAAAGCAGCGAGUUGAAGGAGGCAGGAAGGCAGAUGGAUGGACCGAAAGAGGAGAAGAGGCAGAGCAGAGCAGACUUUUUGAGUUUCUGGACCAUGGUCUCUUCCACCUUCAGAGGCGCCGAUACAUCUCUUUAACAAGGGAGCCUCUGAGAUAAUUAGAGUACAGUACAACAUACAGUUUAAGGUUUAAUAUACUAUGUGGCAGUUUUUAAAGAGUAUAGUGGUACCUCAGAACUCUAACAGCGUCGUUCUCGAACAUUUCAGCUCCCAAAUGCCAACAACCUGGAAAUAAGUGCUCCGGUUUUGAAACGGUCCUCAGAACACGGAUGUCCGACACAGCUUUCCCUGUGCAAAAACUUAGCUGUCGGCCAACCAGAAGCUCAACCUUGAAACUCAAACAUUUCAGAAGUUGAAUAGUCUUCCGGAAUGGGUUACGUUCGAGUUCCGAGGUACCACUGUAAUUGGAUGGCUUGAAGUACAGUGCCCACUCAGUAACCUCAAAUGGGUUAUGCAUUCUUACAUUGAUUUUAUUGCAUCUAAAGAUGACUACAUUUUUUACAGCUUCGUGUUUCCAGUGUGUGUGGAAGAACUGGUGUAGUCGAUGACAGUAUCUUUUUCACCCUGGAUUUCCUGAAACUUCCUGAUGGUUAUUUUCCUCGUAGACAUGACCUUGUCAAUGUGGUGGUUGUGGAGAGUAACCAAUCAUGUUAUAUCUGGAGAGCACUUUGUAUGGCUCCAGCAGAAAAUAACAGGUAAUAAAAAACUUCUUCUCUCAGUCAACGACUGCUUAGAGUUCACUUUUUAAAAAUCUACUUUGAAGUGAGGCCAGAAGUGUUAAAAUUGCAUUCAUAAUUCUCCAUGUAUGUCUUCAGAAGAGUGGUUAAAAAAAAUUCUGGUUUUAGCAUUUUAUGAAAGUUUUGUCAGUUUUAACUUUCUAACUUGAGAAAAGAAAAAUGUAGAUGUGUGUCAGAUUGGGCUUUGUUACAUAAUUGUAUAUUCGUAGUUAUGCAGCGUGGUUUCUAAUUUUGAAAUCUUACAGGUCAUCUCUAACCAAUGCAACCAAUUUGGAUGAAUCAUAUGAAAAUUUAAUGAAGGACAAAGAAGGCCUAGAGGUAUCAAAAAUGAUAAACUUUGGAACACUAAAAUUAGGAAUGAAUAAAAGCAUCGAAGUAUGGAUAGAGUAAGUUGUAACUUCUUCUUCCCUAGAUUUUUUCUUUUAAAAGCAUUUAUUCUUUAAAAGCAUUUAUACAUCAUGAAACCAUGACUUAUUUUUUUCCUCAUAGUUAUCUUUGCAGUUGGGCUUUUAGAGUCCAUUCAGCCAGGAGUUUGGAAGUGGGAGGGUCAGUAAAACUGGUAACAUUCCUUUUGUAAAUAGCUGCGUCAUUAGAUGCAUGAAGCUUUAAUGUGAAAAACUAAUUUUACUACAAUUUUAAUUAAUGAUUGUAAAUUUUGUGAAUGGUAAGUAGCACACAAACCUCCAUUUAUUUCUAGCAUUCUCCCUACACAUACUGUUUGUUUAUUGCACUUACAUUCCACCUUUUCCCCAAGAAGCUCCCAAGCAGAAUACAUGCUUCUCUCCUUCUUCAUUUAAUACAACAACUCUGUGUGGAAGGCUAAGCUGAGAGGCAGGGACUGGCCCAGUGAGCUUCAUGGUUGAGUGGGGAUUUGGAUCCUGGUUCCCAGGUCCUAGUCUGACACAUGAACCACUACACCACAUUUAAUUUAAUUUCAGUGUUUUUAAAUAUCAUUUAACCAUGUAGUUUCUCAAUGUACAAUGAGGUUACAGAAGGGAUGCAGUAGGAGUAAAAUCAGUUGACAUGAACCAUAAUAUCAGAAAAGCGCACUUAAGAUGCCUGCUGAAAUAGAGUCUUCAUCAAAUGCCAGAAUAACAGGAAUGCAACCUGUCUGAUCUCUGUCUGGAGUUAACUCUGCAAAGUUUGGUCCACAGUACUGUAAUCAUACCUCCUGGUGGAGAUGAGCCAUGCAUCUGGACCAUGGAGGACCCAGGUGAUGUGGAUUUCAAGUAUUUGGUUAUAUGCCCCCCCCACUGGAAAAUGUAAAUCUGGUGAUGCUGCAUCUUAUGGCGAAAGGGCAGGUUAAGCCACAUCUGUGUCACUACUUAAGCUUGAUAAAGAGAUGAAAUAGGUUUGAAUUUAAAAAAGUGUAUUGUUGCAUCUUUAAAUAAUAACAAAUCUUGACCUGCAUCCUUUCAGGCAAUGACUGAUUUACAAACGUUUCAUAUGUGCACGACUGCAUUACAGUGACCCAGAAGGAGCUGGAAAAGGGGACGGAAUGUGCUUAUGCAUGCUCCACCAUUGCAUGCAAUGACCCAGAACGCAACAAAUCAGGUGUUGCCUGUAUAGAAGUAGUCUUUCCAUUUACAGAAAGGUCUUUAAUCUUGUAGAAGCCUCCACUAAACAACCUUUCAUCAGUGCCACUUCCUAAGAUGUUCCACAGGGUCCCCCAAUCUCUCUUAACAGAUUUUCCGAAGGGUGGGAUGAGUUGUUGAAAUUAAGCUCCCCCUGUGUUCACGGAUGCCACUGCUCGACCAAGUGCCCUUCUGCAGCUGAAAGGACUUUUUCCAUUUGCAUAAGGGCAGUAUUGGAUGCAACCCCUUGUGCCUUGUGGAUGUCUUGGAACACAGACAUGCUUGUCAGAGCAUCUGCUUGCUACUGUCAAAUUACAGUUUCAGCAGGGUAGGCGUGUGUAUCAUCUUACUGCUCUGGGCUCAUAUGGAGGAAGGUGUGGAAUGUAAAUCUAAUAAUGGUAGUAAUAAUAAAUUGUAAUAAUAAAUAGAAUGAAUUUCUAUUGACGUAUAAACAGUGAGGUUUAAGUGUGUGUGUGUGUGUGUGUGUGUGUGUCCCCCCCUUUUCAGGAAUAAAGGGAAAGCAGCACAUUCUUUAAUUAGCUGCAAAUUAGGUGGCUGGGAUAAAGAGAAGCAAUUUUGUCUUCAAGUGCCAGGAACAUGUCAGAAGAGUUCUGCAGCAUCCCUAGGGAAUCCACCAGGUAAAUAUAAAAAUAUAAGAAAAAAGUCACACUUAUAUGCCUAAUUCCUCUCUUGUCUAUAAAGAAGCCUCGGCAGGUUAUAUUCUGUGUAAUUAGAAUAGUGCAAUUUGUUUACUUCCAUAGAAGUUCAGCCUGUGGAUGAAAACAAUAUUGGAGACGAUAACAACUUUGUUAGCAGACAGCCUGAGAAACUAGAAAAAGAGCAAAAAGAAACUGGAGAAGAGAAAACAGCAGAACCCAUCGAGGCUAUCUCUCUGCCUUCUGGGAGAAAGAUUUCUAUAGUAGUUACAUGCACUGCAAAGUAAGUAUACAUUCUUUUUCUUGCUGUUUUAAAAUGUUACAAAACAACAGUAAAUUAUGGGCUUUGGGAUUAGUGGCCAGAAAGCUAACUGAUAGUCAGAAGGAAUUGCAGUCCAGUGUGCAAUUUUUAGUAAUGCAAAUCCCUAGGUAUGAAACAACUUUGGUGUAGCUAAAUACCUGCUUUUGGCUUCAGAAGAUCUGGUUGUCUAAGAACAGAUAAUAUAUUCAACAUUUAUGCUUUCAUAUUCCUCCCCCUCAACAGAAGUUUGGCUAGCACAGUGAAGGUUGCCUGCAGUGUGAAAAGGAAUUGCCUAAUUAGCAGUUGAUCUCAUCAGGGAAGUAGCUGUCACCCAAGAGGGGAUUCUAGCUCUCUGGAGUAUGCACCAAUUAUUCAGAACAACAUUUGAAUCAGUCCUGGUUUAUAUGCAAGGGAAUCUGUCUUUGCAUGAAAUGUCUUACUGUUCAACCAGUUUGAUGUUUUAAGGUGAUGUUUGAAAGAAUUUGUAAUCAAUGGCUCUGAUUUAAAGUAGCCAGAGACGUUGGGCAUGCCUCUCUGAAUUCAUAGGUUAUGCCACCAGAACAGCUGAGUCAGUGGCAAAGCAAAGAGAGUGAUGAGUACAGGAACUCACUUAAUGAGAAUAAGAGCAAAAUAGGCUGGACAAAUGAUCAGAGGAGUAGCAGAUAAUAAAAGAUAUUAAGUUGUACAUGUGGCUUGCAAUAGGGACAGGUAUCCUCCAGAACUGGGACGUGGGUGGUGCUGUGGGUUAAACCACAGAGCCUAGGACUUGCUGAUCAGAAGGUUGGUGGUUCGAAUCCCCGCAACAGGGUGAGCUCCCGUUGCUCGGUCCCUGCUCCUGCCAACCUAGCAGUUCGAAAGCAUGUCAAAGUGCAAGUAGAUCAAUAGGUACCACUCCAGCGGGCAGGUAAACGGUGUUUCCGUGCGCUGCUCUGGUUCGCCAGAAGCGGCUUAGUCAUGCUGGCCACAUGACCCGGAAGCUGUAUGCCGGCUCCCUCGGCCAAUAAAGCGAGAUGAGCGCCACAACCCCAGAGUCGGUCACGACUGGGCCUAAUGGUCAGGGGUCCCUUUACCUUUACCUUUAUCCUCCAGAACAACUGCUAUUUGCGUUUUCUCAUACACUCGGCUAAGUUCAUUGACAGAUAAAGAGAGAGUGCUUUCUAUUUCAGUCACUGGAACCUGUUUCACUGUCAUGUCUGAUGAUGACUAGCUCUAAUUUUACACCUUCCAGGUCCAACAGUUUGCAGUCAAGAAUGAAAAGUUGACUGUCUCAUUCACAACUUUGCCCCAUACAUCUCUGUACACACCAUUUUCAUCUUUCACUCCUGUGUUCACCUUCCAACCUCAAGCUCUGCUGUCCACCAAAGAAGCGGAAAAUUGCUCAGAUACUCAGAUACUCUUUGUUUGGUUCUCUUGUUCGCAUUUAUAGCACAGAGUAAAAUACAACUUUUCUAUAGGCUUUGUCUCAUUUAGGUUUUUUAAUGAAAGCUUUGCCUUGCUUUUGUGCCUUUAAAGGAACCCUGGCUGCUGCAAAGACCUCUUGUUGCUCUGCUUUUCUGACUGUGUUAUCGGUCGCUACAUUGAAGCAACUAUAGAAACAGAAGAGGAGUUAUUAAUAGCAGCCACUCAGCCUUUUUCCCAACGAAAACGUCAAAUCACUUCGGACUCUCAUAACGAGAAGGCAACAAUAGUUUUACCAGAAUUGAAAAGGUACUGCCAAGUACACCAUGAUAAUCUGCUUAAGCAAGCCUUUAGAUUUUUUUAAUUGAAAAAUAAUAAUAAUUGGGUGGGGUUAUAUCUGUUUUGUUGUAUCCAUCUUUGUUGUUGUGGAAUAAUUCUGCAAUUUAAAGUUGUACUGGCAGCCAUGUGAGCUACAGUGUGACAGUAAUGGAGCAAAGUGAGCAGGCCAGCAGAGCAAGGGAGACCUUCCCAUGUUCCCUCUGUUGUUGUCAUCACUGCUGCCUCUUGCAUGUAUUCACAACAGAGCAAGGAAAGCCCAGAGUCCAAGCAAACGGGCAGCCACACACACACAUGGGCAGGUGGUCAGGCUGAGCGAACUGGCUAGCAGGAACUAUAGAAUUGUAGAGUUGGAAAGGACCCUGAGGGUCAUCUAUACCUGUAGUAUACCUGAAGGAGCGUCUCCACCCCCAUCGCUCUGCCCGGACGCUGAGGUCCAGCGCCGAGGGCCUCCUGGCGGUUCCCUCAUUGCGGGAAGCAAAGCUACAGGGAACCAGGCAGAGGGCCUUCUCGGUAGUGGCGCCCACCCUGUGGAACGCCCUUCCAGCAGAUGUCAAAGCGAUAAACAACUAGCUGACAUUCAGAAGACAUCUUAAGGCAGCCCUGUUCAGGGAAGUUUUUAACGUGUGAUAUUUUACUGUAUUUUUGGUUUCUAUGGAAGCCGCCCAGAGUGGCUGGGGAGGCCCAGCCAGAUGGGCGGGGUAUAAAUAAUAAAUUAUUAUUAUUAUAUCUAGUCCAGCCCCCUGCAAUGCAGGGAUCUUUUUGCCCAAAGUGGGCCUCGAACCCACGAACCUGAGAUUAAGAUCCUCAUGCUCUACCGACUGAGCCAUUCCAAUGGUUAACUAGAGACUCAGGAAAGCCUUCACACACUCUCCAUCAUUUUCACCACUCCUUAGUCCACUGCAGUCAAAAGGAAGCAUGCAUUUCAGAAUACACACUUUCUUAUUUUAGCAGCAUGGGGCAAAGGGGGAAAAGACACUCUCCUCUUCCUUUCCCACUCUGUGAGUGGCAGCAACGUAAUUCUUGGAAUUGGGGUGAGCUGGAGGGGGGAUAGGGGGUUGAAGAAAGCGUGAAGGGGUUGAUGGGGAGGUUGGCGAGCAGCACGUGCAGAGGCAGCACCCUGAAGUAUAUACAUAAAAUCUUAAAAGUCUCAUUGACUUCAUUACCUGGUAGAUCCCUGUUCCUUGUGGCCAUUAGCUUAGCUUGACCAUCAGAAAAUUGAGGCUGGAGCUUGUAGUAGAGAAGAUAAUGUCCUUUACUUUUGUGGGCCAGUUCAUUUACGGUUUUCAAGAUAAAACCAGCACCUUGAAAUGUGGCUGGGAGUUGACAGCAACAAAUCUUCAGUCUCCAUAAUUAUUAUUUUUAAUGACAGAGAAUUGAUUAGAUAAAUACAAUGAGAUUUUAAAUAUUCCUGUGACCCGAUCUUUAUUCUAAACUACAAUAAAAGGAUGCUACUUAGGUGUUUGUUCUAACUGUCCAUUUCUUCAGGAAACUACAUCUGUCAGUUUUAUCCAUUUUAGCACUCUUGAGUUCUUUAAUCUUCCAUCCUUCCCCAUGGGAAGAGAAGCAGUUUCUCAAUCAACUGUUGUUCCCACUUAAGUUGAAUUUUAGAAAAGGACCACCAGACGUGUUGCAAAUCCAUGUUAACAGCACUGGACAUGAUACAGAUCUGUCUUAGCAACAGAUUUCCCAAUUUUUAAAUGUAUUUACUCUGACUUCUUAUGUUCAAUCUUCGAAGGGCCAUGUGCCUUCCAGAGCAAAUGAUGGUGGUUGGAAUAUGAAGGGGAAGUCACAUUGGGCUAGUGGAAUUCCUUGUGGUAAUGGGAUGACCAAGGUAGCUCUUUAACAUGGAUGUUGCAUGUUUACCGAUAAGGUCUGCGGGAACCAACUAAUCUAAAAUGUUUAAAAUUUAAAAUCUAGCAGGUCAGCGCCUUGCAUUUUGUCAAGUCAGUCUCUAGUCCCUAUGCAUUUUGUGGCUGAUAAGUUUUCUUAAUUUGCUAAAUGAAAUCCCAUCCUAACUGGCCAACUUGGAAUAUGUAAGAAUUGAUUUUGUAUCCUGACAGUAAACUACUGUUUAUUAACCUCUGGUGCCUUAGAAUCUCAAGGAGACAACUACCAAGUUUCCUUCCCCAGUACCCUAUUCCAGAUCUAUUAAGGAGAUGUGUGGAAAAGAAAAUGGACAUACUGAUUUUUCAGCCAAGUCUUGGAGAGGUAGGAUGAUACUGCUGUAACAUAGAUAACAUACAUAGCUCAGAGGCAGCUGAAGGGUGGGCUAUAAUUGCCUAUAAAUACGUGUUUUCAUUGUGUUCUUAGUUUCUCCAAGCUUUAUUCAUUUCACUAGAGGAGUUUUUGGGAAGGGGGAUGUUUGUUGCUAAUGUUAAACAAUAAAGGUAAAGGUACCCCUGCCCGUACGGGCCAGUCGUGUCCGACUCUAGGGUUGUGCGCCCAUCUCACUUAAGAGGCCGGGGGCCAGCGCUGUCCGGAGACACUUCCGGGUCACGUGGCCAGCGUGACGAAGCUGCUCUGGCGAGCCGGCACCAGCGCAGCACACGGAAACGCCGUUUACCUUCCCGCUAUAAAGCGGUACCUAUUUAUCUACUUGCACUUAAGAGUGCUUUCGAACUGCUAGGUGGGCAGGAGCUGGGACCGAAAGACGGGAGCUCACCCCGCCGUGGGGAUUCGAACCGCCGACCAUACGAUCGGCAAGUCCUAGGCGCUGAGGUUUUACCCACAGCGCCACCCGCGUCCCUUAAUUGUUAAACAAUAUUGAGCCAGAAAUCCUUGCUGAUCUACUGCAAAUCACCCAGAGAUAUAGCAGUAGAUCAGAUCGACUUUCUGCCCACCCCAGCAUUAAAUGACCAGCUUUACCCCAUUUGUUACACGGUGGACAUCUUAAACUUGUUGUGCCCAGUCAGUACUUGGCUGUUGGACUGCCUUGGAUUCUCUAGAAAUACUGCCUUGACUUCCAUGAUGAACAGAUGGGAAUAUAGAUGUGCUAAAUAAAAAGACUUUGAGAAGUGCUUGCAGAAUUGAUGUGUGUUGUGACUUCCUCAAAAGCAAUGUUUUCUUACAUUGAGUUCACAGUUCCACAGCCCUUCAUUGGUAUUUGAGGGCUCUUGUGGUUCUGUAAUAUAUAACUGAUGUGAUAUAAAGCUUCUUUCUUUUCAGGCCCUGACUCUAGCUAAUUAUAAAGCAAAAUUUUCUGCUCUGCUGUGGCUGGAGGAAAUCUAUGAAGAGAUGGAAAUCAAAGAAUUAUCUAUGUGUGGAGUCACCUUGGAAAAGAAUGGAAAUUUGUUGGUACUUCGGGUGCCAGGAAUUGCAGAGGGUCGCCCUUCUUUAUGUAUAGGUGUGGAAUUUUCUAUUGUCUUAAACACAGUGUUGAUAUCGCUCUGUCAGCAGAACAUCUGAACAGCAUUAAGUGGUCCUGCCAAUACAUUUUGGCAGGGCUCAGACCUAGUAAAGUACUUUUGUUUCUUAUAUCUUUUUUAGCCAAAAACCUACAGAAAAUAUACAUAUAAACAUAAACCCUUUUUGAUUUUAAAGUGCAUCUCCUUUCAUCUGAGAUCUCAGCAAUGUAUCGCCUAUCUGUUUUCAUUUAUUUCCCAAUAUGACAGAAAAAUUCAGAAACAGCAGAAUAAGUAGGGUAUAUAAAGCUCCAUAGCAGUGUCCUUAAAGUCCUGACAAAUACAGUGGUACCUUGAGUUACAAAUGCCACAGGUUACAAACGCUUCAGGUUACAAACUCCGCAAACCUGGAAGAGUUACCUCGAGUUGAGAACUUUGCCCCAGGAUGAGAACGGAAAUCGUGUGCUGGCGGCGCUGUGGCAGCAAGAGGCCCCAUUAGCGAAAGCAUGCCUCUAGUUAAGAACAGUUUCACGUUAAGAACGGACCUCCAGGAUGAAUUAUGUUUGUAAUUACAGGUACCACUGUAGCUGGGUUUUAAAAUCACAAAUCCUAAUAAUCUUUCAUAAAGAUGUUACAGUGGUACCUCGUGUUAAGUACUUAAUGGGGCCUCCUGCUGCUGCCGCGCCACUGGAGCACGAUUUCUGUUCUCAUCCUGAAGCAAAGUUCUUAACCCGAGGUACUAUUUCUGGGUUGGUGGAGUCUGUAACCUGAAGUGUAUGUAACCCAAGGUACCACUGUACCUGAAGCAAAGUUCUUAACCCGAGGUGCUAUUUCUGGGUUGGUGGAGUCUGUAACCUGAAGUGUAUGUAACCCAAGGUACCACUGUAUUUCACAAUAGCACUAUGCUGAUCAUUCUCAGUAAUAGAUCUUUUCUUUCAGUCUCCUGUGUACAGGAUAGCCACCUAAUUGCUAUAAUUUGUACAGGACCAAUGAAAUAAUUUAUAUCUUCUAAUUCAGGUGACAGAGUAAUAUUAAAGACCCAAGAUUAUUCAGAGCCCAUAGUCCACUACAUUGCAUUUGUCACUGAGGUAAGGUCCCCAUAUCUUUUGCUUUAUUUGGCUUUUGUCCUGUUUAGUUUGUUUUUUUUAACACUGAUGCCCUAUCCAUGUUUACUGAGAAGUAAGUGGGACCUAUCCCCAGGUAAGCAUUUAUAGCAUGACAGCCUAAGAUUUUGAAAGGAAACAAAAGUACAAGAAAUACUUUGUUAAUGGUAUUCCUUGGAAUUAUUUUAUAUCUGAGUUCUUAGAUAUGUUCAGUGCUACUAAUCUCUGAAUUUCAACAGUUAAAUGCAAUUUCUGUUAAAACAUUUUUCUUAAAAGCUUAAAAGUUACUGUUAGCAUAGAACACCCUCCCAUCAGAUGUCAAGGAGAUGAGUAACUAUAUAACCUUUAGAAGACAUCUGAAGGUAGCCCUGUAUAUGAAAGCUUUUAAUGUUACUAUGUUUAUAUAUAUAUAUGUUGGAAGCCACCCAGAGUGGCUGGAGCGACCCAGUCAGAUGGGUGGGGUACAAAUAAUUAUUUAUUUUUAUCAUCGCCAUCAUACCAUGUUAAGAGUUCUGUCAGUGCUACAACAUAAUAAAUAAUUGUUGGUGGUCUUUUUUCCUUUCUGUAUACAGAUUCAUGAUGAAGAGGUUACUCUGAAGCUUAACCCACAGUUUGAACAGGCAUAUAAUUCUGAACCUAUGGAUGUGGAAUUUACUGUUAGCAGGUAUGCUUUUUUAAAAAUUGUAUUUCAAUUCAUUAUGAAGCAAAAGGGCACACAUUCUUCACGCAACUCGGGAAAUGCUGAAUAAUAUAUUUCAGAGUCACAGUUUUUCGUAGGUGUUAAUGUGCAUUGACUUAACAGAACUAGCUAGCUUAUGAAACUAGUAUUUUCUUAUUGUAAAUAUAACAUCAGCCCUAAAGUAUAUUAGCUAUGUCACGUAUAUUGAUUAUGGAUACUAUUGUGGUCUCUUACUAGUAAUCUGAUCUGUUGACAGGACCACCAGCCGAAGAUGCCAUUUUGCAGUAGAACAAGCCAUACAUUUAGGACAAAAAGGUGGGAUAUUUGUGUCAUCUCAUAUAUCAGAUCAGUUUUCCUACAUUACCAUACGCUACUACUACUACUACUACUAAUAAUAAUAAUAAUAAUAAUUAAUUAAUUAUUUGUACCCCGCCCAUCUGGCUGGGCUUCCCCAGCCACUCUGGGCGGCUUCCAACAAAGAUUAAAAAUACAUUAAAAUAUCAGACAUUGAAAGCUUCCCAGAACAGGGCUGCCUUCAGAUGUCUUCUAAAUGUCAGGUAGUUGUUUAUCUCAUUGACAUCUGGUGGGAGGGUGUUCCACAGGGUGGGUGCCACUACCAAAAAGGCCCUCUGCCUGGUUCCCUGUAGCUUUGCUUCUUGCAGUGAGGGAACCGCCAGAAGGCCCUAGGCGCUGGACCUCAGUGUCCAAGCAGAACGAUGGGGGUGGAAACGCUCCUCCAGGUAUACUGAUGUGUCUCGGGACAGUUUUUUGGUGUAGAACUGGAGUUGAGGUUUGAAGCUGCAAGUCUUUGUGUCCACAGGGGAGUAACUAAUACACUUUGGAGAGAGUGUUACUGUUUGAAUUUUUGCUGACUUUGUAACUUGGAUUCCCCCCGCCCCUGCGGGCUACUUCAGCUGAAAAAGGGUUAGGCUGAGGGAAGACACUAUUGAAAUUCUGAUCCUUAAAAGACUGCAAGACUAAAUCCUGUUGACAUCUUCUACUGUCAGUUUCUAUUAAGCAAUUCAGUGGAUCAAAUUCUUAUUCAGAAUUAUACACCAUUCCCGUUUCUCUCUCCUUCCUGUUCUUUCCCAAGUUUUAUUUCCAUAUCAGGUCACUGUGCAAUCUCCACAAGUUGUCAAGCAGUGGCGUGAUUCAGAAUGUCUUUCCGAUGCACAAAAGCAAAACAUCACAGAAGAAGAUGAGGUAUGCCUUUGCCAUCCAUUUAUUAUCUGCUUUACAAUAAGCUAUUUACUACCAAAUGGUGUGGCAGUCUGUAAAGUUAAGAUGUAUAAGAGAACCUAAUUUUGUUCCUUUGCCACUAUAAAUAGUCUACUUGCCAACAUUUUAUACUUGGAUAUUAAUGUCAGAAUGUCAUUUGGGAUGUUCGAUACAAUAGUUUGUUCUCUGUCUUGAAAAUGCGAACUGAAGAACUGUGAAGUUAAUGACUCAUACAUGUUUUUCCCCAUAGCAACUUCACAUCUUCACCAUCUAUGUCUUCUGCCCUUUAUAAUGCCUCCAUUGUAGUUUUCCCUGUAGAUGAAUACCAAAGAGAGGACCUGCCAAAGGAAACGGAUGCAGAUUCCUCUUAUGCUAGAGCAGCCAUAGGGAACCUCCAGCCCCCAGGCCAGUAGUCCUAAUUUGACCUAUGAUGCUGUUUCCACGCACGCCUGAUGUCAGGUGUGGGGUGGGUAAGGCCACAGCUGCAAAGGAAUAUUCAAGAGUGUUAGUGUGCACUUCCAGUUCCUCCUCUGCAAGCAGGGGUUGCACUCCACACUUCUUAAAUUUUGGUGCAAGUGCCACUGGGAUCCGCUCCCAAGUGGAACCAAUCCCUGUCCCAAGGGGGGGUUUGAAUUAAAAUUAAGCCACACCCACCUAUCAAAGUGGGGUGGCAGGGACCUCAGGGUCCAGCCUACCAAGCAAAUCCUUUUCCUUACCCCUUCAUCCCAGCGGGCUUUUUGCAUUGUUGCAUCCAAGUACACCGAACACUCUUCUGUAAACAUUGCCCAGACUGGGGUUGGUAGAGUUGGUGUGCUAUACUCCUAAAUCCCUGGUGGGAAAAAUAUUCAAAACAGAGUAACCUGGAGUUUGGCUGCAUAUUUGCAUAGCUCUUUUGAAUAGCUGCAUGAGUAAGCUGGGUAGUUACAUGCACUGUCUGGCCUCUACAGCUCUGGGGAAUUUCUAUUAAAUCUUUAUUGGCUUUUUCAUGCCCUGUUUUUCUCCUUCCAUCAUAAACUUUAAACUUUGCUUACCAGAAUGGGAAAGGCCCAGAGUGGCUGUAUCUGAAGGUUAAGCAUGGACAUCUUUCCCCUCUUCCAAAUUAAGCAACUAAUCUCUCUCUUCCUCCCAAUGAGUUUAGUUAAGUCAGGGACAGCAUGAGGAGAAAAGUGCAUUGUCUUCUCUCUUCACAUUUUAAGAACUCUUUUCCAAACAUUUUUCAAAUGUUUUUCCAAGCAGUGUUGUAUAUGCAAACUGUUUGAAGUCUCUUUGGAAUUUACACAGGAAUAAGCUGUGCCUGAAAUUAUUAAGUCAUGACUUGCAUAGAAUUAUGAAAUCUAAAUUUGAACAGAUGCUACUAUUUUUUUAAAUACUGUAUAUUUAAAUACUGUUGGAUCUUCUCUUUUGCUACUUGCAGGAUAAGAGGGUACAAAAUGGCAAUGAAAGAAGGAUGCCAAAAGACGAGGGAGCUAUCAUUUCUGACGUGGUGACUAUUGCCACACAAACACGUUAGUAUAAGAAUAUUGUAAAUAAUAGAAAAACCUUUUAAAUACUGACUUUAAAUUUUUUUUUUGCAAGCCAGAGAAAAACACUUUUUAAUAUACACAAUUUUGAAUGUAGUAAAUGGAACUUCAGUAUCCAGUAGAAGAAACUGUGACUUCUUCAAUCCCAUGCUGAAUGAGCAUCAGAAACUAGCAGUGAAAAGGAUUCUUAGUGGUGAAUGUCGUCCAACUCCUUACAUUCUCUUUGGACCACCAGGAACUGGUAAAACUGUCACAGUGAUUGAAGCAAUUUUGCAGGUAACAGUUAGCAACAAUAUAUUUGGGUUUCAACACUGCCACUUUAAAGAAUUUUAACUUUGUCAACUACAGUCGUACCUUGGAAGUCGAAUGGAAUCCGUUUGACUUCCAAAAUAUUCAGUGCGGCUUCUUAUUGGCUGCAGGAAACUCCUGCAGCCAAUCGGAAUCCCCGACAGACGUUCGGCUUCCAAAAAUAAUUCGCAAACCGGAACGUCACUUCCGGGUUUGUAGCGUUUAGGGGCCAAAAUGUUUGAGAACUAAGCUGUUCGAAAAUCAAGGUACAGCUGUAUUUGUCUAACAAUGAAUUAGCUUUGAGGUCCAUUCCCAUUGCUUGAGAAGGUAGAAAGAGAGAACCAAGGCAUUGUCUGCAAUAGAGUUCUACCACAAGUAAUUUCUGAUUUGCGGGUAGCAUGACCUGCCCUGUCUACACUGUAUCCUCUGGGCGUGAGACUCAACACAGUGAUGUUGCUCUAAUGUAUUGAAGGGGAGCAACUUCAUGUGUUUCAGAAUGGAAACCUUUUAUGGCGGAUCAAUAUAAAAAGGGAAAACCCUAAUUUGAUGCGUAGCCAGUAUUCCCAAGCCAUGGUAACCCAUAGUUAAUGGUUUGCUUUGGAUGUAGAGAUUGCUUGUGCUUUGCAUCUCCCCUAGCACAAGUGUGAACAAUAAGCUACAAAGCAAACCACAAUUCCCAGGUUGGACGCAACGCUAAGCCAAAAAUCAUGCUUUGUUGCUCAUACUAAGAGAGGAACGAAGCAGGAACCAUAUAUGCAUUCACAGUGAACCGUUAACUGUGAUUUACCAUGGCAUGUGAAUGCAGCUGUAAUUGGUGGAUAACGGAGAUAUUUUGAAGGCAGCAUUAUUCCUAUCUUUGUCCCUCUUCAAGACGAUUUCACAAUAACUUGAGUGAAUAGGGGGAAAUCACUAUUACAAAUGUUGGUCUUUGUUUAUUAAAUGGCAGCUGACUUAUGAAUAAAUAAAAAAUAGCAAAAAAAUUCUGUUCAGUAUUUUUAACAAUUUGUGAUUUAUUUAUUUUUAAUUGAAACUUUAGAUACAUUACACCAUACCAGACAGCCGAAUACUGGUCUGCGCACCAUCAAACAGUGCAUCAGAUCUAGUUUGUUCACGACUUCAUGACAGCAACUUGUUAAAGCCAGGAGUUAUGGUUAGAGUUAACGCUUCCAGCAGAAAUGAAGAGGUAAAUUUUAUUUAAAAGCUUGAUGUACCCUAUGUGACUUCAUUGUAUCUUAAUUGCAUUAUGAGGUAGAUCAUGUAUUUAAAAGCUCAGCAUUGGCUAUGUACAAUAAGUUUGUUUAUUAUGAAUUCAUUGCUGUUUUUCUCCCUUUAUUUGUACUGAGCAAUGCUUAGCAACAUAGAAAGCUGCCUUAUAUGGAGUCAAGACAUUUGGUCCCAUAUAGUUCAGAAUUGUUGACUCGCAGUCAGUAAAACUUCACAGAAACAAACACAAAUUAUUGGCAUCUGCUUUGGUUUUGGCAUACAGUAAGUCCGCAGCUUACACAGGGGUUACCUUCCAGGGAUUGCGCCUAAAUCCAAAAUUGCAUAUAGUCAAAACCCAUUGAGUGCAACUGCAGGUAGGAUUGCCAAAGUCAUUUUUCACAGAAACAUGCCCCCUUUUAAAGAUUUUUUUGCCACUCACAUAAAGGUGAAUGCUCACAAGUUAAAUGUACAUAGGUUGCAGGCUUACUGUACUGCCUUCUGUGUACAUGAGCUAUACGCUGUACAUUUACCCUGUGAUAAAAAUACUUAAUGUCCAAUUGCUGGUUUUGUGUUGAUAGACUCUCAGUGAUGUGAUAAAGCUUUACAGCAAAGACGGAGAAGACAUUUGGAAAGCAUCUCGAUUCAGGAUCAUUAUAGUGACAUGCAGCAGUGCAGGAAUGUUCUACCAAAUAGGAAUAAGGUAUUGCAAAUGCAUGUUUUUGUGAAACAUUCAGAACAAGACAGGGGUGUAAAGAUGCCCCAAGGUAGUCACCUGAACCAAGAAAAAUGAGGAAAUUCAAAAACAACCAUCAUUCUGUGGUCUUUAUUCAUAAUGAGUCAUUGAAUGUUUUAACGUGUCAUUUUAACUAUCAAAAAAUUCCAUGAAACUCACUGAGUGACCUUGUCACCCACUGCUCCUGGCAAAACUUUUCCCAUUUCUUCUUCAUGAAUGUGAAAGAGGAGGAGAGGGGAGCACAUGAGCUCCACGGAUUGUAAAGGAGCAAAAGAAGGGAUUGCACAAGCCUCAAGUCUUCCACAGUUUGUUCACAUAUCAGCAUGUUAGGUGAUUAUGUAUAUUCACUUUAUUGUAACAUGUGAAGCAGCCCCAAGGCAGCCUGUUGAAUCUUGUACAAAUUGAUAAUCAAAGGCUUUAACUGGAUUGAAACACUAUUCAUUUACAAGUAUUGUAUUUCUGUUUUUUUAAAUAAUGGCAGAACAUGCAACAAGCCAGCAAUUUCAACUUUUGUUCUAUUAACUCUAGGCUUGGACACUUUACACAUGCAUUUUUGGAUGAAGCAGGACAGGCCAGUGAACCAGAAAGCCUCAUUCCACUGGGGCUGAUUUCAGAAGUCAGUGGGCAGGUGUGUACGUUUCUACCGCCUUCGUUGGGUUGAGCCUCUUUCCUUUCCUUUGAGAGUCGUGAGAUAAAGUUUCUAGAAAGAAGAAAAUAUAACAUUUUUGGAAGAUUUUGUCAUAUGCUGCUGGUGCAUAUGAUAUUAAGGAUGUGCUUAUACAAAAGCACUCGCUGCAUGCAACUACGUCAUUUCUUCCUUUGCCCAAGCUGCAAAGCUUGAUUGUGACUUCCAGGCUUAUUUGCUGGCAAAAACAGGAGCAAAGGGGAUGCAUGAAUCUCAUGCUUCUUAAGACAAGAUUUGAUAGUGUGAACAUGCUCUAAAUGGCAAUGUGCUUGAUUUUUAAUUGUCAUCUUGUUGCAAUAUUGUAGUUAUCAAACACUGUUAAAGCUUAGUAAGGUAAUACGCCACAUGGUCACAAAUUAAUGUUCAUGUUUAUUCCAGCAUCUCCAACUAAGAAAACAAAAGGAAGAGAGGAAUUCUUGAGCAGGGCUGGGAAAGAUAUUGGCCUGAGCAGGAGGAAUGACUGAACUGGCUCUUCUUCCAUAUUGCACAUUAUUGUUCUCGAUAUAUCUUUCCAUAGCACCCAGACAGAAGAUUUCAGUGACUUAACUGUAGGCAGGAGAAUUGUGGACCCAUUUAACAAAUGCUGCCUUUUUGCAAACGUUUCUAGGUGGCUGUCGAAACAAUAACAUAGCAGCAAUAGGCAGUACAAUACAGCAGUAAAAUCUUGAAACCAGUAGACAUUAAAACAAUUAAUUCAGAUUUAGGGAGAAACAAAUUACCCAUAAACUCAGUUAUUCCACUAAGCCUGAAGGACUGCCCGGUGCUUCCUAGACCCAUAUGCUCAAUAAUGGAAAUUCAUAAUUGGAAGCCAUCACUGGAAAAAAGAAAAAACCCUCCCUCUAGUAGCCACCCAUCUAAUUUCAGAAUAUGUGCGUACCCAAGAGAAUGGCUUCAGACAAAGAUCUUAACUGCUCAGCAGGUUAAUUUGAAGAAGGGUGGUACUUCAGUUACUUGGGACUCAUGCCAUUUAGGGCUUUAAAGGUGAAAACCAGCACUGUCCCACUAGCCAGUGAAGCACACUUAAUACUGGCAUGAUGUGCUCAGAGAGUUCAUUCCCACUUAAUAGUCCAGCUGUCGUAUUUUAGACCAGCUGUAGUUUCCGAAUGUGCCAUACUGUAUAUGCAGUGCAUUGCAGUAAAUCAGUCUAGCUGUGCCUUUCAAAUCCAGUCUAGCUGUGCCUUUCAAUCUGGCCCAUUUAGCUCUCACCAACCAGAGCUGAUAGAAACCAGUGCAAGCUUUUGCUGCCCACCUUAGCAUCUAGCAGCAGUGCUGGACCACACAGUACCCCCCCCCACCCCUCUCCAACUGUGAACGCUGGCCUUAAGAGAGGAGUGGGGAUCUAGAGCAGACUGAAUACCACUUCCCUAGACUGAUAGACCAUUCAUCAACAGCACCUCUUUUUAAAAAAUCUGUAUUUAGCCUCACUUUGCUAGCCUUCCUACAGCCCAUUACUGACUCCAGGUAUCUGUUUGGGGCAUCAUCAGGUCCUCCUUGGACAGCUGUAAAAGCAGAGUGAGCUGGAAGCCACCUGCAUGUUGAUGGCACACUACUCCAAGAUACCCUGAACAUGUUUUGUAAAUACAUUGCAUGAAAAAGUUACAUUAGAACUUGAUUUUAAGUUUCCCUUUUUUAAAUAAUAAUAAUAAACAAUUGUAUUUACAGAUAGUCCUUUCAGGUGAUCCGAUGCAGCUAGGUCCAGUAAUAAAAUCCAGGCUUGCUUCAGUUUAUGGAUUGCACAUUUCCCUGCUGGAGAGACUGAUGAGUCGCCCUCUAUAUCAGAGAGAUGAGGAGGCUUUUGGUGCUACUGAAUCAUACAAUCCUCUGUUGGUAAGUUAGUUGGGGAAUGAUGUUAACCGCUCAGUCUCUGAAGUUAUUCAGUACAGCAGUCAACCAGUAGUUUUGCUGAUACCGAAAGAAUACAAAGCAAAUGUUAUGAAUACCAGAUAAAACCAUGUUUCAUCAGAACUUGCCACCCCCAUAAUACUUGCUUGUAUUUAUAGGUGGUGGUGUCUGCAGGUGUAUCGAAACUAGCAUACUGCCCGAAGAUAAAAUUCAUAUUUCUUGUCCCUCCCACUUUUGCCUCUGGCCCUGCCCACCACUAGCACAUGACCCCAGAAGGCUGCCCAGAUGAAACGCAGCCCUCGACCUGAAAAAGAUUCUCCACUCUGAUGUAUAGUAUAUAAUCUUGUAUCUCUUCAUUAAAUGCAAGCUGCUGUCUUCUAGGCAAUUUCUUCACGUCUCAACAGAUAUUAUAUAGCAGAUCUAAAAUACAGUACAAAUUAUAUCAUUGACUCCAGUAGCCUUUUCAAACAGGUGUCUUCGGCAAGUAGCAUCACAUCUUUAAGGUUGUAAACAUUUGGGGCUCCCCAGCCUAGUGAGUCAGUGCCAUCGUGUACGAUUGGGGGCAUUGAUGGAAUUUGUCUUGGGGAACUCAAGUUUCUUCUCUCUGCGAAGAAUGUGGCCUGCACAGCUCCUGUUCCAGUCUUAAUACAUGGGCUGGCAAAGAUCAACACAAACUGAACCAAUCUGUACAUCUAAACUAGGGACGUGGGUGGCACUGUGGUCUAAACCACUGAGCCUUUUGGGCUUGCUGAUCAGAAGGCCAGCAGUUUGAAUCCAUGCGAUGGGGCGAGCUCCCAUUGCUCUGUCCCAGCUUCUGCCAACCUAGCAGUUCGAAAGCAUACCAGUGUAGAGUAGAUAAAUAUUUACCACUGUGGUGGGAAAGUAAACAGCAUUUCUGUAUGCUCUGGCACUCGUCAUGGUGCUCUAUUGUGCCAGAAGCAGUUUAGUCGCAUGACAGAAAGCUGUGGACAAACUCCAGCUCCCUCGGCCUGAAGCGAGAUGAGCACCACACCCCAUAGUCGCCUUUGACUGGACUUAGCCCUCCAGGGCUCCUUUACCUUACCUUACAUCUAAAACUACAGACAUAUUCCCAGUGAAGUCCAUCAGGAAGCCGCUUCCAGAAGUGACAUUCUUUGAAACGUGGCAAAACUGGCCCCAUGUACCAAUAAGUGUUUGCUUCAGAUAAUAAUGUAUAGCUCCCUGUUUUGGAUUUUACUUUCUUUGCUUGCAGAUUACAAAGCUUGUGAAGAAUUACAGGUCACAUGCUGCACUGCUCACAUUGCCAUCUAGACUCUUUUACCAUAAGGAGUUGGAAGUGUGUGCUGAUCCUUCUGUGACAAACUCUUUGUUGGGAUGGAACAAGCUGCCAAGGAAAGGUUUCCCCCUGGUUUUUCAUGGAAUGAGAGUACGUAAAACAUGUUUGUAUCCAAAGAGAGGUUGGCAAAACUUAGGGUCUAGGCAUGGGCAUAGCUGGGGAGGGCAGCUGCUCCCCUAAAUCAAGUAAACGAAAUACUUAGAAAUUGAAGAAAAAUUUUGACAGAUUUUUAAGUAAAAACAAAAAGAUUCCAAUUUUGUUGAAAUAAUUGACUUUUUCUGGUAAAUAAUAAUAAUAAUGCAUUAAUUAAUUAAUAUGAAAAUGCAUUUGUUUGGUGAUAACCACAUUAAAGUCACUUGUAUUAUCAAAAUGGUUAUCAUGAGAAUAAAACAGGCUAUCAGACUUUCAGAAAAAUAAAUAUAAAGUGCAUUGUUGACGGUUUUCUUUUCCCACCUCCCAAUUGCCAGGGCACUGAAACACGUGAAGGCUACAAUCCUUCUUGGUUCAAUCCUACAGAAGCAGUCCAAGUAAUGUUUUAUUGUUGCCUUGUUGCUAAAAGCAUCUACCAUUCAGUGUCACAGAAAGAUAUUGGAGUGAUUACGCCUUAUCAAAAGCAGGUAAGGCUUCAUGCUAUGGAUUUCUAUUGUGCCUAUUCUGUUCUUUGUUUUUUGUCUGUUCUUCGUUUUCUUUUUGUAUGGAAUGUUGUGGGUACAUGUUCUGGUUGUUACCUGGGGUGGUAUUGUCAGCUUACCCUAAGAGGUUCUAAAAGCCAUGUUGUAGGAUGGCAGUCACAACUAUUAAAAAAACAGAAGGUACAUCUCAAUCAUCAUCAUCUUCAUCAUAUUUGCUAUUUAUAACUCAUCUGGCUGGGGACAUAAGUCUACUAAGAUUGCUGAAGUUAUUAGAAUAUUUCCCCCAAACAACAAAGUGUACGUUAGAGAUGGGUGAAUCUUGUCAAUUUUGGUUUCUUUCGGUUUCUUAUUUUUCUAGUAUUUAAGUUCAACAUUUCCUCAUCAAAUUGUGAUUUGCCCAUCCAACAAAAAGCCCCCAUGAGAAUUCAAAAGAAUUUUAGAGUUCAUCCUUCUGGACCGUCUUGAGGAGCUGGGGGCACUGUGAUACAGUGGUUCCCCUCCUUCCUCCUGGGCCGUGUUCAGAAUGUGGUGGUGGGGGAUGAGUGUUCAGACCCCUGGGCUCUCACUUGUGGGGUGCCUCAGGGUUCUGUCCUCUCCCCCAUGCUUUUCAACAUCUAUUUGAAGCAGCUGGUAGAGAUCAUCAUGGGUUUUGGGCUGGGUGUUCAUCAGUAUGCAGAUGAUACCCAGCUCUACCUCUUUUUAAAUCAGAACCAGUGAAGGCGGUGAAGGUCCUGUGUGAGUGUCUGGAGGCGGUUGGAGGAUGGAUGGCGGCUAACAGAUUGAGGUUGAAUCCUGACAAGACAGAAGUACUGUUUUGGGGGGACAGGAGGAGGGCAGGUGUGGAGGAUUCCCUGGUCCUGAAUGGGGUAACUGCCCCUGAAGGACCAGGUGCGCAACCUGGGAGUCAUUUUGGACUCACAGCUGUCCAUGGAGGCACAGGUCAAAUCUGUGUCCAGGGCAGCUGUUUACCAGCUCCAUCUGGUACGUAGGCUGAGACCCUAUCUGCCUGCGGACUGCCUCACCAGAGUGGUGCAUGCUCUGGUUAUCUCCCGCUUGGACUACUGCAAUGCGCUCUACGUGGGGCUACCUUUGGAGGUGACCCGGAAACUACAACUAAUCCAGAAUGCGGCAGCUAGACUGGUGACUGGGAGCGGCCGCCGAGACCAUAUAACACCGGUCUUGAAAGACCUACAUUGGCUCCCAAUACGUUUCCGAGCACAAUUCAAAGUCUUGGUGCUGACCUUUAAAGCCCUAAACGGCCUCGGUCCAGUAUAUCUGAAGGAGCCACCUAAAUUUACAGUUCUCCCUUACGUUAUGUGUUUAGCUUUGGGGAGGUUAACCUUUUUUGGCCUGUGGUCCAUAUUCAGAGUUGGAUUUCAGGAACUGAAUUUCUUGCUCAUCUGUUUAAUGCCAGUUGUGUUGAAUGCCAUAACUGAAAUGUAAUUGUCAUACUGUCUCUUCUUUAGGUAGAAAAAAUCAGAAUUCUCUUGCGCAGUGUGGAUUUAGCGGACAUCAAAGUGGGUUCUGUAGAGGAGUUUCAAGGGCAAGAAUUCCUAGUGAUCAUCCUAUCAACAGUAUGUAGUGAGAUGCUAUUUGUGUGUCUGAAACACCCAAGUAUUGGUCACAUUCUCAAGAGCUGCGAGUGGAAGCAACAAAACAAUGCAAAAAUAGGUGGCAUUACUCUUAAUGAUCAGCAGAGAUUUUAGAUAGGCAUGUCCUCUGCAAGUUUGCUCAGAAAUGAGUCCUACUUGUUCAGUGACGCUUACUCCCAGAAUGCUUACUCCCAGGAAAGUGUGCAGCUGGUCAGAGCUAGUCCACAGUCCAAAGCAUUGGCAGCUCACACUGGUCAGGGCAGAACUUGUGUUUGGGAGAACAGGAUUGUGCUCUGUUAUAUUUUUUAAACUGGCAGCCAUGUUAUUGUAACAGAUCUACUGCUAGCUCCAAUUAAACUUAGCAGAUCCCACCGCUAACUGCCUCAAUUAAACCUGUAGUGAACCUACCGCUUGGUACAACGAUUAAUUAAAUUUCUAAAUUACCACAUGUUAUCUUUUGGAAUUCUUGUUUGAGAGAAAACUUAAGUGAUUUGGAGUCUUAGGCAGAAAUUGAACAAAUUUGAAAGGUUUUAUUUGCAAAACAAAGUUAGUAAAAACAGGGAUGGGUCUGAAGUUGUGUUCUUUCAGGAAACAGUUAACUUAUUAAUUACGCUAAGUUUAAGAUGUCAGAGGCAUUAAAGUAGUAAAUGCACAACUUUUCUUAAACGUCAGUUGCUAAAAAUCAGGAUUUACACUUCCGGUAGAUGUUCAGUUUUCUAGAAGAGAUGGUAAAAUGCUUAACUCAGUUUCUGUUAUUUCACUCUCACGCCUUUACUUAGUUAUGACAGGUGUUAGAGUAAAAUACUUUUGACACAGCACAGCUUUCUUCACAGCUUAAUAUUUUGGUUCACGAGCAAAGGGCACUUUUUGUCAGUUACCCAACCUCUUAAUCCCACUCCUGCCUGAGGCAUUUCCAAAUAGUGUAACAGACCCUGGGGAUCACUACACCCCUUUUAACUGGUUUUGGGAGUCUUUUCCUUCUAGAAGAUCUCUCUGCUCCUGGCUAGAAUGAGACCCAGGUAAUCUGUAUUCCCACAGCUUCCACCUCUCCUGACUCACACUCGGCCCUCCAGUUAACUCCUGUCUGUAUACCUUCCCCACUCAACCUGGUCUUCCUAUCAAAGCCGCGAGGCUCUUUCCUGUCCCUAUGGAUACAGUAGUCUCCUCAAUGUGGAUGUUCCACUCAGAUCAGAACCAGUUCUCCCUCAGUCAAAUCCUCUCCUAAUCCCUAUCUCCCAACUCAAAUCAAGCCCUCUCUCUGUCCCUAUCUAACUCUUUCCCUCUGAAAAUUCUCUUUUUAUUCUCCCUCCCAAAGUGCUGCUCCACCCCCUUUGGCUAGCCGUCUUGGUAGCCACGCAGAGAGAGGCUCCAGCACUCUGUUGGGAUUUCUGAGGGACUGUAUCACCCGACUGGUCUGGCUCUGCUGUCCGUCACGCGCGCUGUAAUCAUAGGCCCUUGCAUCCUGGAUCCCCUCCAGUAGUUAUGGAAUGAGGAUUAUAGACUUUUGAACUUCUAGCUGGAACCUGCUGCAACUGCUCCAGCCAAUCACAGCAGUCUCAGAUGUUGCACAGCUAAUGCAUUGUGGUGGUACAACAUCUCUUAGGGUUGCCUCCUAACACAAGACGACAUAGUUGGACCUUGCAUAGAAUAUGUGUGUGUAUCAGUGAGUGUAUAUAUGAACGCACACACAAACAUAUACACUUCUGUAGAAUUACCUUUGCAGGAUUUAAUGUUUCUGCUUUCUUCCAGGUUCGGUCAAACGAAACUUCAUUUGCUGAUGAAAAACAACUCUUAGGUUUCCUUACUAAUUCAAAGCGCUUUAAUGUGGCAAUUACCAGACCCAAGGCAUUGCUCAUUAUAGUGGGGAAUCCUCAUGUGCUUGUCAGAGUAAGGCUUGCUUGCUUGCUAUCUGCCAAUGCAAAAUGUUGAAUUCAUGCUUGCUUCAGUUAAAACUGUUAAUUUCAGAGCGGAAUGGCAGGUUGCCUGUGGCUAUCCGUAGUAUAAAUACUGUAAAAGUUAUAUGCAAGGGCUUUUCAUUUAGAAUACAUUUACACCUGCUCAUGUGUUCCAGCUUUUCUACUUCAGGCAAUAUUAACCCAUGAGAGAGUGAAAACGGUCAUAAUGAUAUUGAAUAUGUGGUGAAUUCAGCCAUGGCUAUGUUGAAGAUGAAACAGCCUGGGAUGCAACAAUAAUUUCUUGACUGAAGCCAAAAGAACCCAGAUUUUUCAGUAGAACUGUAACACAGUCAUUUGAUUUGAUUUUGAUUUAAUAUUUCCAUUCCACACUUCCAACAACAAACGUUGAGCUCAAAGCAGUUCACAAUGACCACAAAAGCAUUGAAACAAUGACAACAUUCCUGUCGCUAUACUCUCAAACACAAUAACGUUUAAAUAAAGCAAACAGCAACAAAUUCAUCAAUUCAGUAAAGUCAUAGUAAUUCAAAAUAUCAGAAAAUAUCAAAAAUUGUUCAUCAAAAUGAUUAAUAUGAUUAAUAUGAUUCAAUAAAGCCUUAGCUAAGAAGAAAGGAAGUUUCCAUUAUGGCAUAGAUAUUAAUGAUGAAUGGUUUUCAUUCUUGGCAUAUUUCAUAUUUUGUAGUACGUUGCAACCUUAAAGCUACAACAAUGGAAACAUAAAUUAAAACAACAGUUAAAAUAUAAAUAUGGCUAAAUCACAUAAGCUAAGAAACCCCACACAUAAUAAACUCUUCAAACACCUCACUUUAAUAGCUGUUUGUAUAGGGUCAUGGUCUAAACCACUGAGCCUCUUGGGCUUGCCGAUCAGAAGGUCGGCAGUUCAAAUCCCCGCAAUGGGGUGAGCUCCCAUUGCUUGGUCCCAGCUUCUGCCAACCUAGCAGUUCGAAAGCACACCAAAAAGUGCAAGUAGAUAAAUAGGUACCGCUCUGGCAGGAAGGUAAACGGUGUUUCCGUGCGCUGCUCUGGUUUCACCAGAAGCGGAUUAGUCAUGCUGGCCACAUGACCCGAAAAAAAUGUCUGCGGACAAACGCCGGCUCCCUCAGCCUGUAAAGUGAGAUGAGUGCUGCAACCCCAGAGUCAUCUGCGACUGGACAUAACUGUCAGGGGUCCUUUACCUUUACCUUUUUAAAGUAACAUGCUCAUUAAAAAUAGACUACCCAAAGAAACCAUCCCUUCUUGCCGAGCCUGCUCACUUGUCUGCAUGAAAUUCCUGGUAGUCUACUAGCAAGCAAGUUUAAACACAAGGCUGUGUUAGAAUAUGUUUGCUGCAGUCCAGCUCAUACAAUAGCACCCUAUGUUUCCUAACAACAGUUUUAUGUGAAAGUCAGCUACCAAGAAUGUUCUAAAGAUAUUCUUCUUUAGGCAUGCUGUUUUCAAAUACUGUAAAGUUAUAAAUUGGUUGCAGGGUUACUUUUGUUAAAAUUCAUAUUCAUAAAUUCUGCAGUUGUUAACAAUCUUUUUAUUAUUAUUUGGUCAGGAUGCCUGCUUUAGUGCUCUUUUGGAAUACAGUUUGACAAAUGGAGCUUACAUUGGCUGUGACUUACCGCAGGAACUACAAAAUCUAAAUCAGUGAGUGUCUUUUCAGCACUUGUGAAAGGAGGGAGGGAGGGAUAAAUCAGCAGUAGCUCUUUAUCCCAAAAUCUGCUUUUAAGGAAAUAAUGAUAAAUCUGCCACUGGUGUUACCAUAUCUGAAAAAGCAUGUGAUAAAAAUGCAUGUUGUGUGUAGGAAAUACGGAGUUAAAAUGUUCAGCUCACAGUCUUAAACUAUAAAACUGUAGCAUAUUAACAGAAUAGGAAAAACAAUAAUUUACUGCUAUUUGCCAGGAACAGAUGAGCUUAGAGUAGUGAGACAUGUGAAUGUACUGUCUUUUAAAGAUGUGAGGAACAAAUUAUUCAGAAUUUGGUGUGGAUGUCAACAUACAGUACUUGGGUAUCACAUGUAGAUACUGCUACAUGUGAUGAACGUAUGUACUUAACAUUUUAUGCCAGUUUAACUAUCCUGAUAUCCUCAGAGGAUUCUGGGAAUUUUACAAAUAAUGCUGAAAGUUCUGUUAGUAGCAUAGCCCCUUCAUAGAACUGUGAUUCCCAGUUUUUUUGUGGGAAUAGGAAACGACUACUAAACUAAGGGUGGUAUUCAACUUAGGUUUACUUAGAGUGGACCCACUGAAAUUAACAAACAUGACAAAACUAGGUGCUUUAAUUUUAGUAGGUUGAUUCUGAGUGAAACUUAGCUGAAUACCACCGUUCUAUGUAUGCAAUUUAGAUACCCCAUGUUGUCUUUGGUUGUUGAAACGAUUCCCAGUGCUCUUGAUCGGGUUGUUCAACUAAAAGUGCUAUCAAUAACAGUGCUAUUUAAUUACCUGUCUUGCUUGGUUAAUCCACAGGUCUGAGUAAUUAAAAAGAUUUGCUGCGCUACUGGCUAAAUCUUCCUGACCAUGUGCCGAUCUGCCCGAAGUUUGGUUAAAUAGAAAGCCAGCACCUCCCUGGCAGGUUAAGAACUUUGUAUCGAAAACACUUUAAACCGAUGUAUCUUAAAAUAGGAUACUUGUAAAGUGUUUAUUUCAAAGUUGCUCUAUUUUUAUGCCAUUAAAUACCACUAAUUUGAAUAAAGUUUUCUGCAUGUU